AUGGACGCCUCUCCUGUCCUCAACUACGGCAUUCAGUACCAGUGGUUCUCCGACUCGGACCUCUCCGGCAUCUCCUCCCCGGACACUUUGUCCCCGGUUCACUCCAUGGACUCCAGCUUGUCUCCGACCUACCGGCAGCCGCCUCAGUCCGCCCCCAAGACCACCAAGUCCGGAUACUCCCCGGCGAUGAAGGUUUCUUCCCGCUCCGGGUCGGGGCGGAAGACGGGCCGGGCCACGAGAACCCGCAGCAAACAGCGGGAGAGCGCCAGCGAGAAGGAGAAGCUGAGGAUGAGGGAUCUGACCAAAGCGCUCCACCACCUGCGCUCCUACCUGCCGCCCUCGGUGGCCCCUACGGGUCAGACCCUGACCAAGAUCGAGACCCUGCGUCUGGCCAUCCGCUACAUCUCCUUCCUGUCCGCCCAGCUGGGCCUCAGCGAGGAGGUCCUGUUCCAGAGGAGGGAGCAAGGAGACACCUCGGCCAGCGGCGCCUCCUCACCGGACAUCCUUGCCUACUUCCAGCGUGGACUCCCCGUGGUCCAGUCUAGCCCGCUGCAAGGCCAGAACCUGAACCAGAUCCAAAGCCUGUACUCCUCUGAGGGUCAGCCUGGAGUGUUGCAUUCUGGGAACUGUACUUUUGGACUGAGCAGCGCCCCUCAGAGAGAACCCAUGGUGCCUGCGGGAUCAUCUUCUCAGAUGGACGCCAACGACUACUGCAUCCCGUUGGUGCCGAGACACUACUGGGCCUAA